CAGAUGAUUAAACUUAUUGCGUGAUGUAUACAUGCAACGACUUUUAUAACAAAUAAAGAUUAUAUUAUAAAUUUACUAAAUCAAAUAUCCAUAAAAAGUGCUUAGACAAUUGAAACAAUUUUUGUUAGUUUUUUAAUAUUUGGCAAUUCUCUAUCAUGAAAUCUGCGCAAUUCUUAUUACUUCGUCUGAAUUAGAAAUUCAAAACCACCUGUUGUACGAAAACACGGAAACCGACCAAAAUGUGAUAAUGAUGCAGCUAAAGAACCUGUUAAAGUUUUCUGCCGUCUGAGACCAAUGGUUUGUCCCAACGAUGUAUCUUGUAUGAAAAUUAUUUCUAACACAAGCUUGAUUAUUACACCAUCAGAAUCAGUAAAUGGUCGUAAUGUAAAUAAAGCUAUUCAAACGUGUUUUAGUCACGUUUUUGGUCCAAAUACUUCUCAAAGAGAAGUAUUUGAAAUAGUAGCACUGCCACUUGUUAAGAAUCUUAUUAAUGGUAAAAACAGCUUACUUUUCACAUAUGGAGUAACUGGAAGUGGCAAAACUUACACUAUGUCUGGAAAUCUGUAUGAUGCAGGAAUCAUGCUUCGUAGUUUAAAUGUUCUUUUCAAUAGCAUAGCAAGUUACCAAACAAAGAAAUUUAUUUUUAAACCCGACAAGCUAAACAGCUUUGACAUACAAAGUGAAGCUGAUUCACUAUUAGAUAGGCAAAAUGAACUUCAGAAAUUUGUUGCUCCUUGCAAUGGAAAAACUCCUAGACAAUAUAAAGAAGAUGAUAAGAAUGAUAAGAAUGAUAAGAAUGAAAAUAAUUUAAGUAAUAAGUCCGAGACAUUAGAUGUUGAUGAAGAUAAUGCUUAUGCAGUUUUUGUAACAUAUAUAGAAGUCUAUAACAAUAGCGUAUAUGAUUUGUUGGAAGAAAAUGAAGGGAAAACAAAGUCUUUACAGAGCAAAAUUAUUCGUGAAGAUGGAAAUAAAAAUAUGUAUGUUCAUGGAUGUACAGAAAUAGAAAUAAAGAGCUCGGAAGAAGCAUUUGAAAUAUUCCAACGUGGCCAGAAUAGAAGGCAUAUUGCACAUACUAAUCUUAAUGCAGAGUCAAGCAGAUCUCACAGUGUUUUUACUAUAAGGCUUGUUCAGGCACCAUUAGAUAAGGAAGGUGAACAAAUUGUUCAAAAUAAACGAGUAAUUUGCAUUAGCCAAUUGUCUUUAGUAGAUUUGGCUGGAAGUGAACGUACAAACCGUUCAAAAAACACUGGACAAAGACUUAGAGAAGCAGGAAGUAUAAAUAAUUCGUUAAUGACAUUACGAACUUGUUUGGAAAUACUUCGUGAAAAUCAGACUCAAGGUACAAAUAAAAUAGUCCCUUAUCGAGAUUCUAAAAUAACUCAUUUAUUUAAGAAUUACUUUGAUGGUGAAGGAAAUGUUAGAAUGAUCAUUUGUGUGAAUCCUAGUAUUGAUGAUUAUGAUGAAACUAUUCAAGUAUUAAAGUUUGCUGAAAUUAGUCAAGAAAUACAAAUUACAAAUUCGACAACUUCAAAAUUAGAUUUAGGAUAUACUCCCGGUAGAAGACAAGCUAACAAAUCUUGGCGGUCCAUUUCCAGAAAUGGAUAUGACAAGUCCGCAUAAUGAUGAAUUAAUUGCUACGCUCAUACGUUUUUUAGAAUUGCGUAUUCAAAAGAGGAAUAUUUUACAAGAAGAUCUAAAACAAAAACAAACGAACUUUAGGAACAUGCUAGUAAAAAUGGAACGAGAAAAUGUAUCUUUAAAAAUUGAAAACUGUACAUUGAAAACAUCAAACAAUCAACAACAGAAAAAGAUUUCUGCUUUGGAAGCUCAUAUUUGUAAAACAGAAGCUCAAAUUGAUACACUACUAUACAGAUUGAAUAAUGCAAAUGAUAUAAUCAGACAUAUGAAGCAAGAAUUACAAAACAAAGAUAUGUUAUUGAAUCAACAGACAAUAGAGAAACAAAGAGUAAAAGAAAAAUAUAAUAAUAAAAUUCAAACAGAAACUGACAGAAUAAGCAAAGAACUGGAAAGCAAACUUCGUAGACAACGUGAACUUCUUCAGAAUCAAAUGAAAGAAAAAGAAAACAAACUGAAAUUAGUGAAACAAAUACUAGUAAAUGAUAAUGAAAUAGAUACAAAUGAUAGAUCAGAAUCCAAGGAAGCAAUUGAAGUUCAACAAGGCGAAGUUGAAAUGCCUAUAACAUCAAAAAUUAUUGCAACUACUCCAAACACUGUCCCAGAAAGUACAAAAACGACUAUAAAAACUAUUUCUACAAUUAAAUUUGAAGAUAGUGAUACUCGACCAAGUAGAAAAGAUAGGAUUCCAGUAGUGAAUCUACGCUACAGACGAUCUCAGAGUGCAGAUAGAUGGAUUGAUCAUCGACCUCCUGGAUUAGUUCCGGUUGGCACUAUUCUUCAACCAGUUAUUCGAAAUAAACGAAGCAUCACACAAUUGACAGAUCCAAAAUAUAUAACAAAUAAAGCAUCCAGAUAUUGUCUUAUUGCACAGGAACAAGACACAGAUGGUGAACUUGAAACUAAAUUAUACAAGGGAGAUAUAUUACCAACUAGUGGAGGAGGUGCUCAAGUAGUAUUUAAUGAUAUGGAACAUUUAAAACAAGUUUCGCCUGUUGCAAGAAGGAAACGCAGCGGUUAUUUGAGCCCAGGAAAUAAUUCCACUUCUCAAGAAAAUUGUGGUUUAGAAGAAAAUAAUUCAAAAAAAAUCCGUAUAUAAUUUAUUUAAAAAAUCUUUGACGUUAUUGUUUUAUAGAGAAUAUAUAAAAACCAAAGACACGAAGAAAUGAAAUUUUCUUCGAUUUUAUAUGCAAUAACUAAAAAUACAAAUUAAUUUAAAAUAUAUAAUUAUCUAGUAUAUUUUUCUUUUAUUUAAUAAUAAAAUAUAUAUCAUCUGUUAAUAACUUUCUUCAGAUAUAAAAAAUAUUUGCUUUUAGUUUAAAGUAUAAGUCAUUAUAAAGUCAUAUUAUUACAACAAAUAUCUUUUACUUAAAAAUGAGUUAUCUAGAGCAUAUUAUAAAAUGAAAUUCAACGUUCUUUUUCCUAAUACUUUUUUUAUUUAUAAUUUUUUAUUGUAUUAAAUGUCCAUUUAUUUCCCGUGGCUUAUACAACACAGACUCUGUGAAAUAGAUACAAAUACAAACGUUAGAAUAACAGAAGCCUGAAUAUGUACUACCAACAGCGAAGUAAUAAACAUAUACAUUGUUUCUACAUAGUGCAAAUUGGAAAAAUUUAAAUUAGAAAAUAAGUAAGUCUUUGUAAUUUAUUUAAACAAGCUUAUAAAUCUAUAUGCUUCAAGAUAAUCGAACAAAAUUUACGUACAAAUCUUAAAACUGUUUUCGGAUUUAUAAGUCAAUAGUAAAAAAAAAGAAAAAAAAAAAUAAAUAUAUGAAAAAUUUGUUAUUAUUUAGUAAUAAAUUGUAAUUAACAAAACAAUUUAUAUUUUUUUUUAUAGAAUCUAUAGUAUUACAGAAAUUGAGCGUAUUUUUAUAACUGUAAUAACUGUUCUUUUGUAACACACCUUUGUUAGCAAUAUGCAUUUUCAUUUACUUUUGUUGUUCUUCCAAUAUGUUGGCAAUGUAUAAAAUCAUAUAAAGUAUCGAGACUAGAUGAAUACCUUAAUUAGUAAAGUAAUUAGUUGUUAUAUUAUGAUCAGUUUUAACAAAUUAUAAAAAAUCGAUUAUUAGAUUAUUUAAGGAUAGAGUAUUAUGCAAUGGUACAUUGUCCUUUUUGCUUUUACAUAACACAAUGAUAUGUGAUCUUAAAAUAUAAUUAAUAAAAUUUUUUAUUAUAUAAGUUUAUUGAU